UUCCGCGCUGUUAUCUGAAAACGCGGUUCUUUGUUUUUUUUUCAGCGGACCUGGCAACCCCCGUACCGGCCAGACUACAGGACGCAGACUCGAAAAUCAUGGCGGACGAAGUGGAGCAGCAACCGACCACCAACACGGUCGAAGAGCCGCUCGAUCUGAUCAGACUCAGUCUUGAUGAGCGGAUCUACGUCAAGAUGAGGAACGACAGGGAGCUCCGCGGCCGACUGCAUGCCUACGAUCAGCACCUGAACAUGAUCCUGGGUGACGUGGAGGAGACUGUGACGACGGUGGAGAUCGACGAGGAGACUUACGAGGAGCUCUACAAGUCGACCAAGAGGAACAUCCCCAUGCUGUUCGUCAGAGGAGACGGCGUGGUCCUCGUGGCCCCGCCUCUCAGGGUGGGCUAACAGCGACCAUUUCCUGGUGUGAAGGAGUGUUGGUGACAGCUGGGAAGUCUCUAACCCUGAGGAAGAGGGUGGUGCUGUCAUGUCAGGCUUAAACAGGGGGAGGGUUAAAACAUCGUCAGCCUCCAUGUGUCAGGCUCUGUCGUCAACACCGACCUCUCAUUUUACAUCCAUGACUCGAAGGUCAGAAACUUCACAAACUUCCUUUUGUGAGGCUGCAAGGAUAUAAAACAUGUUUUGACUCAAGAAACAAAAGUAAGAGGAUAUUUGUUUUGGACCUUUCUUUUUGUAAAAUAUUUUAUUUGGGCACUUUUUUUUUUUAUUAAAUUUGAUUUUGGGGUUAUGGCGAUUUCAGGCCAAUAUUUGAGUUCUGUUUCUCAGAAAAUGUAAUUUGACGUUGUUCUCUACAGCGUUUAAUAAAUCCCCACAGUGUUAGUUGUUAGGCCAGAAAGAUUGAAUAUCAUUUUUAUUCACCCCUUGAGGAUUUAGUUACUUCUUAAUCCCAGUGUCUCCAAGUACCUGACCACGUGACGGAUGUCUCAUCAUUGUUUCAAAUAACUGCACUGCCUCAGAUAUGUUUGUUUGAAUUUGUUUUGGCAGAGGGGUUUAAUGUGAUUCUUCAUCUUGAAAUGACUCCUCGACUGAAACUUGUACGUUGGUUCAAAGCAAAUGUCUUGCAGUUACUUUAAAUCCGUGAUCUGUGAAUAUUUGGGAAGUUCUUUGAGUUUCUGUCAGAUGGUUUUAGUUUAAUCUUUUUAUAUAUAUUUUUGUAGUGUUGUGUUGGAUUUGAGAGUACAUCAUGCUCAGAUGUGGAGACGUUUGAUUUCAUUUGGUUUUGGUAAAGUUGAAUAAAAAAAGGUCAUUUGGAAAAGAAAGAACAUCCAUCGAAUCGUUUGUAAAGUUAAUACAAAUUUAAAUUUUAACUUCAUUUUGUUCUCUAAGAAUUAUAAAUGCUACAGUCACUUGCGUUUGCUGUAUAAUGCAAAAUGGGCUGACUGUAAAUUUAUAUGUAUCAGAAUUUCAUUUAGAAAUAGGGAAUUUUUCUGUUCAUGACUACAACCUGAAAACAGCCAACCUGAUGCUGCCAACCGAAUGUGUUCAACGACAAUAUAAAAAGACUCCACUACAAGUAAUAGUCAUACAUUCAUACCUUUUUAUUGUAAAAAAAAAAUGUACCUCAAGUUUAAAAAGCAAAGUGCUGAAGUACAGUGUCAGCUAUGGAGGUUCCUGCAUUAUCCCUUAAUCUUUGCGGCCUGUUUCCUGUAGAGUCGCCCUGUGAUAAAAUCUUAGUUAUUUUAGUUUAUACUGUGCUCACCUAGUGCGUACUAUAAAUAAUGGUUUAAAUGUGAAAUUGCCUUUAACUAAUUGACUCACGGAAAAACCGGGGCUGAGUGUUAUUCCACUAUAGGAGGCUGAAACACAAAUUAUUGUGCCGGGUCCGGUACACAGCAUCCAUUUGGGUAUUUUAAUCUAUAACAAUGCAAUGUUCAUACUGUAUGUUUUCCAUGUAAAAUCUGUAAUCUAACUACAAACUAUAGCUGUCAAAAUAAAGAGUGGAGUAAAAAGUACUAAAUUUUCCCCUCUGAAAUGUGGUGGGGCGCAAUUAUAAAGUAGCAUGAAAGGAAAACUGGCAAGUAAAGAGCACAAAUUCUUGAGUAAAUGUACCAAGGAAAUGUACUGAACUCUUGUA